GUCUUUGCUGAAACGCAUUAAAUUAUCUUUAGUGAGAAUUAUCAGUGCAAGGGCAUGCUAAUUGCCAAACGAUGGGUGCUCAACAAACUAAAGACAGAGUCAUACCCACCGGCUCCACUGUGAGACAAACACGAAAACAACCAAGAAAUCCGAAAGAUUCAAGAUUAAUUGGUUCUAACAUUUUUACUGAGCAUAGCGAAGCUCUUUUACAAAGUCGACCUUUGCCUCAUAUUCCUGCGUUACCUGAAGGUGAUCCACCCAGUGGUUCAAGUGUCCAGUCUUUAUCACAACAGUCAAAUUUUUCUCAACAUUCUAAUGUAUCUAGUGGAAGUCUCCUUGAAGCUGCUAAUAGAUGGACGAGUAAAGAGAAUCUCCUAACCCAAGAAGAGGACGAUCCUCAGUUAUUUGUUGCUCUUUAUGAUUUUUCAGCUGGUGGAGAAAAUCAGCUUAGUUUACAAAAAGGUGAUCAAGUGCGAAUAUUAAGUUAUAAUAAAAGUGGUGAAUGGUGUGAAGCUCAUUCAAAUACUGGCCAAGUAGGUUGGGUGCCUUCAAAUUAUGUAACGCCAGUAAAUUCUUUAGAAAAACAUUCCUGGUAUCACGGCAGAAUAGCAAGAAAUGCAGCUGAGUAUCUUUUAAGCUCUGGAAUAAAUGGUAGCUUUCUUGUCAGAGAAUCUGAAAGCAGUCCAGGACAACGAAGUAUUUCUUUAAGAUAUGAAGGUCGUGUGUACCACUAUAGAAUUAAUGAAGAUAGUGAUGGCAAGAUGUUUGUGACGACAGAGAGUAAAUUCAAUACGUUAGCAGAAUUGGUACAUCAUCAUUCAAUGUUGGCUGACGGAUUAAUUACUCAAUUGCUUUAUCCUGCUCCAAAACAUAAUAAGCCAACAGUAUUUCCUCUAAGUCCUGAACCAGAUGAAUGGGAAAUUAAUCGUACGGAUAUUGUUAUGAGACAUAAAUUGGGUGGAGGGCAAUAUGGAGAUGUAUACGAAGCUGUUUGGAAACGAUAUAAUAUGACAGUAGCUGUAAAAACUCUUAAAGAAGACACAAUGGCCUUGAAAGAUUUUCUUGAAGAAGCAGCAAUAAUGAAAGAAAUGAAACAUAGAAAUUUAGUUCAGUUACUCGGUGUGUGUACCCGUGAACCGCCUUUUUAUAUAAUCACUGAGUUCAUGAGUAAGGGAAAUCUCUUAGAUUAUCUUCGUAAUGAAAGCAAGCAUCAAAUUGAUGCUGUUGUUUUAAUGCAUAUGGCAACACAAAUUGCAAGUGGAAUGAGCUACCUCGAAAGUCGUAAUUUUAUUCACAGGGAUUUAGCAGCAAGGAAUUGUUUAGUUGGCGAAAAUCAUUUGGUAAAAGUCGCUGAUUUUGGUCUUGCGAGAUUAAUGAGAGAUGAUACAUAUACUGCACAUGCAGGUGCUAAAUUUCCAAUUAAAUGGACUGCUCCUGAAGGAUUAGCUUAUAAUAAAUUUUCCACCAAGUCCGAUGUUUGGGCUUUUGGAAUUUUGCUGUGGGAGAUUGCAACUUAUGGCAUGUCUCCUUAUCCUGGUGUGGACUUAACAGAUGUUUAUCAUAUGUUAGAAAAAGGAUACAGAAUGGAAUGUCCACCUGGAUGUCCACCGAAAGUUUAUGAACUAAUGCGACAAUGUUGGCAAUGGUCUGCUAUUGAACGUCCUACGUUUAAAGAUAUUCAUCAUUCAUUAGAAACGAUGUUUCAAGAGUCCAGUAUUACAGAAGAGGUAGAAAAGCAGCUUCAAGGUACUGUUGAAACUCCAAUGUUCUCUUACAAUCACAAAAAAUCACAAACAGGAAGUACAGGAAAUAUUCAUGGUCUUGUUCUCGUGUCUGAUCAAUUAUCUACCUCAGGAUUAACACAAGAUGGUCCUAGUAGUGUCACUAAACUUAGCACCUUUGUGGGUGGACAUACUAACAAAAGUUCCAACAAUAUGGUACAGAUGCGUCGCUCAACAAAUAAAAGGGGAAAACAGGCUCCAGCCCCACCCAAACGCACUAGCCUACUGUCGUCAUGUAGCUCGUUUCGUGACUCCGCAUAUCAGGAACAAGAUCAACAUAAUAUUGAUUCAGUAGGAGCUGCAACACUAGAUGAUGGGACAGAUCUAAAUGGUAUUGAUAACAAUUUCGAAGGUAUCACGCGAGAUCUUGUGACAAUGGUGACACAAUCAAUACCGUCAGGAGGCUGUGACUUGGAUGAUGAUGGCGACGGAUCCCAGGGGACGGCGGAGCCGAAUUUUCCCCCGCAACCGUCGGCUUCGCCCGAGCCGGUACUCAACAAAGCGUGCAAUCAGAAACAAAUUAAAACAAGACAGUAUUCUUCUAAGGAAGUACUACCACAGAAGGUAGUCCACGUGGCUGCCCUAGAAGUACAAAAUGUUAAGCGUGCUAUUAAUCGGUAUGGAACAUUACCAAAAGGAGCGAGGAUAGGCGCCUAUUUAGAAUCAUUACGCCAAAGUGGAAUGCCUACUGCCCAAGAAAAUUUAUCUUCCGAUCAUCAAUCUCAGUUGCAACAACAAUUACAUCAUGAAGCUAUAAAUGCAAUAGAAGUAUCUCAACAUCGAUCACUUUCUCCACGACAAAAUAAUUUAAGAAAUCAACCACAAAUGACCCGUAGCAAUUCAUCGAGUGGAGUAGUUAAUACUUAUCAACCACCUAAUUCACCAAGAUGUCGAAUUCCCAGUCGCAAAAAUAAUUCUGAAAAUAUUGGUUUAAGAACAUUUCGUUGUUCCAAUACGUCCACAUUUAGAACUGCUAGUCCAUCCAGAUCCAUUCAACCAACGUUAGCUGAUUUAGAAUUUCCUCCGCCUCCUCUUGAUCUUCCACCACCUCCAAGUGAACUUAGUAUUGGAGAUUUGUCUGAAUUUCAAGCAUCUAUGAAUGCUGGUAAUGCUCCUAAUAAAUCCUCUAGCUCUCCGAUUUGUACAAGAAAAACUAAAAAUGAACGACGAUCAAGAGAUGAAAUUAUUGAAGAAGAUGAUAAAAAUAAUGAUGUAAGAACUGUGCAACCGUCAGUUAAAGAAGCAAGCUCAAGGUUUGGAGUAAAUUUAAGACGACGGGAAGUAUCUAGUGACGGUGGAACAACUACAAAAAAGUUAGAAGAAGAGAAAAAAAGUGUUCUACGAGGAAAAGAAUUAUUUGGAAAGAAUGAAGCUGCUGGGAAUAUUCUUUCUCCUCCUAUAGAAGCUCCUCCACCUCCUCCGCCACCACCACCACCUUCUGGUAAUGAUACGGAUGAUGUAUUUAUAGCUAAACCAGGUAUGAAAGAAAUGCUUGAGUUGAAAUUAAUUAAUGAAAUUAAACAGAAUGCAGAUAUGAAACGUAGUGGAACGUCCAAGAAAUUAAAUACUUUAAAUAAUACUGUUCCUCAACACAUGGAUCCAGCUUCUCAAUUAUUAUCGGAACUUUGUGCUAAUUUAAAUAUUGAACAAGCAAAUAAAUCGCCAAUUCAGGGAGAGUAUGCAGCUUUGAAUUUAAAAGAAGUAGAUUCACCACAUGAAUCAUCAAUAAACUCUUCAACUGUUUUAGAAAAGUCAUCAAGCCACAACAAAGAUGUUAAGUCGCCGUCAUCAUUAGUUGAAAAUACUCUUAAUUCAGGAAAUGUUGGUUUUAAACUUAAGAAAGUCGAUAAAAAAAUAAAUCCGCAAAAAGAAGAAACUGUUGAAAGUCAAAUAAUCGAUUUCAAAGCAAGAUUGAGGAAAGUUGAGAAGGAUAAUUCAGAAAAAGCUGAAGAAAAAACUAAGAAAAAUGAAGACACUAAUACAGAUAUGUCAGAACCAGAUGAUAGUGAUGAUAAGCGCAAAAGUACUGGUAGUAUAAGUAGUUUGAAGAAAUUAUGGGAAAAUAAAGAAUCUACGUGGGAAAAUCAACCUCUAAGUCCUAAGUUAGGUACUAAAGGGAUUAGUAAAAUAGAUGGUGUUGAUACUGGGGAAGAAAGUCCAGAAGACCAUAGUGGAGCAUCAACGAGAAGUUCUUUAACGAGUAAAAGUGAUUCUCGCAAUAGUCAUACAACUAAUAAUUUUGGAGAACCAGAAAAACCGUUGGUACCAGUAAAACCCUUGGCAACUAAAACACUGGGACCUACCGGAAAAUAUUUUGGUUCUUCAAUUUAUGCUACGCCGAAUUGUGACAAAUCUUAUGACGAAGACUCUAAUCUUCAUGGGAAACAAGAGACUAAAGUAACUAAACAUGACGUUUUAGAAUUAUCCAAUGCUAUUGAAGUUAUUAUAACAAAUCUUAAAGGUACUCCUGUUAUUGUGAUGGCAAGCUGGCAUCAGUUAUCUGAUAGAUUCGGUAUACUUCACGGUCGUCUUCAAGAAAUCGAUUCGAGUGAAGUUGCAGCAACUACAUCUCAUGCAAAACUCCAAUUUCGAGAUUUAUUAUCGCGUUUAGAAUCACAAGCAGGACAAUUGAGAGCUGCAGGCACUCGAAAUAUCACAGAGAAUACAAGACUACUUAGUGAGCUUCAUAAUACAAUAAAGGACGUAGUGAAUAUGAUACAAAGAUAAAAAGGAUAAGCCAUAAAAACAAUGUAAUCAAAAAAAAAUUUUUUUUAAAACAACUUUUAUUAUAAUAUGAAAGUGAAGUAAUAUUCUUAUUUACUGAAGGCCGUACCGAAUAAUUAAUUUAGGAUAAAUAAUUAUAUCUAAGUCAUUAGUAGACAACUAGAAGAACGUUAUUUUCUUCUGAUUGGUUCCAAGAAAAAUUUUUAAAGAAUGGAAUCAUUGUUGUCUUAUAUCAUUGAAAAUAUUCACCUAUAAGCCAUUGCUAUUAAGAAAAAUUAAUUUUUCACUUAUUGGGUGUAUUAAACUAUUUGCAUUAAGGAAAAAAAUAUCACUUAUGGAAUUUUAAUGUCUACUCAGUAUAAAAUAAGUUAUUAAAAAAAGGAUAUUACAAAUUUUUUAGAGUUUUAAUUAUUAAAGUUAUUUAUGUCUAAGAUAUAGCAUACUAAUUAUUUAAAUAAAUAAUAGAUAUUUUUUAACGAUGUUUAUCAAUUUUUGCUUUAAUUUUUAUGAUACCAUGACAAACUCAACUUGAGGUCUGUUUAGAAUACAUAAAUUUAUCUUCUAGAUGGUGCAAAAUUUUUUUAUAUAUUAGGCAAAAUAUAAAAAAUAUCUGACAUCAAAUAAUUGUUUAUAUUAGUAUGGAAUAUCUUAUACAUAAGCUAUCUUAAAAAAAAGAAAUAUCGUGAUCAAAAAGAGCAAACAUAAAAAAACCAAUAAGCUAAUAUUAUUUUUUAACAUUUUACUGGCAAUACUAAAGUAAUCAAUUUUUCUGAUGAAAUAUGUCAUAAUAAUUAUUCACAUCGCAUCACAAUUCCGCGUAUAAUUUUCGAAUGCGUAACUGUCAUUCACGAUAAAAUGCUUAGUAUACUAAUAAUAUUGCAGUAGUAUUAGAUAUAAAUAUAGAAAAAACAAAGCUGCUAAUAAAACAUAAAAAGAAUCAAUGAAAAAACAACUUCAAAUAUACUGGGGGACAAUAUAAACAGUUUUGUAUUUGUAUAAAACAAACGAUUAAUGUUACUGAUAUUAAUGAGAACUAUUACAAAAAUGUGCGCCUACAAUGAAUUAAACUAACAAAUGAUAGAAAAAAAUGAGAUUUGAUUAUAGUCAAAUUCAUGAGUAUUAUACUACGCUUUUUUAAACUGACGAUGAAAAAACAGUCAAAAAAUGUUCUUCCUCAGAGAAAACUUUUUGAAACGUAUUUAUAAAAUGCUGUACAUUGUUUAUUAUUACUUAUUAUAAUUAAUACAAAUAAUUUUCUAAUA